AUGGCCAACGAUGAUGCUACUACGCGUUCCAAACACUCUGAGCUCGACAACACAAACGAUGCACCGAUCGUGAUAUCAUCAAGCGGGGAAGACAGCCAUCUGUUGACAGGAAAAAAGUUAUCGAUCGCAUUUGCAGCAAUGCUACUGGCCCUGCUGCUAACCGCACUGGACCAGACUAUUCUAUCAACUGCUCUACCGCGAAUCGCGUCGGAUUUCAACGCAUUCUCUCAACAAGGCUGGGUCGCCGCCUCGUUCGUCCUCACCCAGACUACCUUCAUCCUCUUCUUCUCCCAGGUCCUUCGCCUCUAUCCAGCAAAAUACGUGCUGAUAGUAUCUGUGGUGAUCUUUGAAAUUGGCUCUGCCUUGUGUGGUGCCGCCCAGGAUGUCAACAUCCUUAUCGGUGGGCGGGCACUCUCUGGUGUCGGCGCUGCCGGCAUUCUCACUGGCAUUCUCCAGGUGAUGGCUCAAGCCACCCGAUUAGAGGAUCGACCAACCCUGUUCAGCCUCUUCGAAUCGGUAUUCGCGUUUGCCUCGAUCAUUGGACCUCUUAUAGGCGGCGCCCUCACAGACCACGCCUCCUGGCGGUGGUGCUUCUAUAUCAAUUUACCCAUUGGCGGCGUAUCCAUCAUAGCGAUUGUAUUGCUCGUGGAUGCUCCACCACCGCUCGGAUCCGAAGACUACGAUCGCUCUUUCAAGGCUAUGUUUUGGAGUACGGCUGCCUUGGACUGGAUUGGUACUCUACUCAGUCUGGGCGCCGUCACAAGUCUUGUUCUAGGCCUCCAGUGGGGCGGCAAUGAGAAGGCAUGGAACAGCGCAGACGUCAUUGUUUGUCUCGUUCUUGCACCCGUGCUGACAGCUGUGUUUAUCUUUUGGGAGCACUAUAUGGGAGAUCGGGCUAUGGUUCCGUUGGCCAUCUUUAAGAGCUUCUCUAUUUACUCAAUCUGCUUUUUCGCGAUCUUCAACCGCUUCAUCUACCUGAUCUUUACCUAUUACAUUCCCAUCUACUACCAGGCAGGCCGUCACCACUCUGCGACGAAGAGUGGUGUGGACUUGCUCCCGCUCAUGCUGUCCGUCGUAAUCUCGAUUGUGGUGUCUGGACAACUUGUCGGUCGUUACGGCCGCUACUGGCCGUACUUAGUUGGCGGACCGGUGAUUGGCGCUGUAGGUUCUGGACUAAUGUACACUGUGACCGCGUUGCCUUCAAACGCAGCUGUUAUCGGCUACCAGAUCCUUGUCGGCAUAUGUAUUGGCACAACUCUGCAGAAUAUCCUAUUCGCCAUGCAGGCUGAGUUUGACGACACACCAAAGCUGAUCAGUCAAGCGACUGGCAUGGUGAACUUCUGCCAGUUCCUCGGUGGUACGAUUGGUCUCGCCAUCGCCGAAACUACCUUCUCGUCAGAACUCUUGCGCAAUUUGCGCAAGUACGCGCCAGACGCGCCUUUUGAGACAAUACUACAGUCGCCGCUGUCGAUCUAUAGUGCAGCGGUCCCAGACGCACUGGUGCCUAACGUCGUACACGCCUAUGUUAAAUCCCUCUCAAUCGUCUACAUUAUUGGCGUCCCAGCGAGCGUUCUCUCGCUAAUCUUCGCACUCUGUAUCUCGAAUAUCAACAUCAAGAAAAAGCCCGAAACGGAGAUAGAAAAUCAUGUACCGCAUGGUGAUAACGUGGCUAGCGAAGGGCCACAAACGUCCAACGAGCAGCACCCUAUGGCAGAGAAAAUACACUCACCCUAG